UGCACUCAAGUAGAAAAAUACUUCUGUCAAAUGCAGGUGGAGUUUUCCGACUUUGAAAAAAAUGAAGUUUCUUUUGCUUAGCCUACGUGGUCGUCUGAUAUUGCGCCAGCAAUAUUCGAGUUUUUAUGAUCGUACAAGAAGCACAAUAUGGACUUCUGGGAUCAAGACUAUUUCAGAAUUUCCAAGAUAAUAUCAUCCUUGGUUGGACAGUGGCCAAACCAAUCUGUCAAGGAGCUUUUUUUCUCUCGUGGAAUAUUGGUGACCUUGACGGUUAUUCAACUGAUACCAAGGACAAGAGCUGUUGUCCUGCACAGCGAUGAUCCUGAAGUUAUUCUUGAUGCUGUGGGUCCAUUUAUUAUCGAUACGGUCUUUGUAAUAAAAACCCUCACCAACUGGUAUAAUUUCAAGAAGAUGAAGAGUAUGUUGAGCCAAAUGAAAGAAAAUUGGAAAAUUUUCACGGAUAGUGAGUUGGAAAUACUUCAUCAACACACCGCAGCGGGAAAGAGAUUGUCCCUCAUAUAUUUAGGAUCCGUAUUUAGUGGUGGAGCUGUGUUUGCAACAGAGCCGUUACAAUUACGACUUGUGCAUACAUUCAUUAAGACAAAUGCGACUCUACCUCUAUUUCCAAUGCCAGUGGAUUACGGAUCCAUAGAUGUUGCCAAAUAUUAUUGGUGGCUAUUUUUGUUGGCAGAAGUUACGACAUUUCUCAUUGUGUUUGCUAUCAUCUCUUGUGACUUGCUGUUUUUCAUCUAUUCGUACCAUGUGUUCGGAUUGUUUGCAGCCCUCGGAUACGCCAUAGAACAUCUGCCGGUUGAUAGCAAUCGUGACUCUACCGAGGGAAUUGCCCACGUCAAACGUUGUGUUCAGAUACAUUAUCGUGCCACCGAAUUUGCUGACGCGCUUGAGGAACUCUACAUCUGGAACUUUCUCGCUGUUGUGGGGCUCAAUAUGAUCAUCAUCAGUGUAACUGGUGUACAAAUCGUUGUGAACUUAGAUGCAACCGAAAAAGUCAUUCAGUAUGGGUCACUCACAAUAUCUCAACUUGGACAUCUCUUCGUGGAAUGCCUGCUCGGCCAGCGACUUAUAGAUUACAGCCUUGGUAUUCAAGAACAUGUAUCGAACGCGCGAUGGUACUACAGCUCAGUAAAAUCCCAAAAAAUGUUGGGUUUGCUCCUUAUGAGGAGUCAGUGGCCGUGUCAGCUGACAGCAGGAAAAUUCUUGGUCAUGAAUUUUCAGACCUUUAAUAUGAUCAUUCGAACAUCCGCGUCAUACUUUACAGUCCUCCUAGCGACGCAGUAACAAAUACCCACAUUUUCUACACAAUUUGUGAUGAUGUCCCUCUUAACUGUACCGAAUAAUCAUCGAAUUGCUAGGAGUAAUCAGUACUUGAGCCUAGAUAUAUUAGAUAUUGAUAAUGAAUCAUCUGUGAAGAACUAAUCUACUGUUGCAAGCACGAAAAUAAGAUUGUGGUACGAAAUAAACAAGGAUUCAAGGAAUUAAAAUCAAACAUGGUAUGAAUAAUUUCAUUGGCAUGUCCA